GUUCUGUGUCCUGUUUAGUCAACAGUGAUGUUUCAAGACUUUAUAUUAACAAAAAAAUGAUUUCUUUUAUCGAAAUUACUGUUCUUGCGUUACUUUGUACUGUUAGCGCAUCUGUGCUGGUCAAUGUAUACAAUGAUGGUGCGGUAAAGAACAAAGUCAAUGACGAGAAGGCGGAAAGUUGCGAUUCGAACACAUGCAGUAAUAUUUGCCAUGCACUGGGAUUCGAUACUGGCACUUGUCAUGGCGAUGUUUGUGAAUGCACUCAGAGACUCACCAAAACCGAUGUUGAAUCAUGGAUAAAAAAUAAAUUGAAGAGUUGCAGCCCCCUCGGAUGUGACCAAUCCUGCCGUCGCAUAGGAUUUCCUGGUGGCGCCUGCGUCAAUGGAAAUUGCAAAUGUGACAUUUUAAAGAAUAAUACCGUCUCAGAUAAAUCAAAGCAACUCAGUGGCUGUAAUCCCCGAGACUGUGACUGGUGGUGUAGACGAAGUGGUUGCUCUGGUGGCCACUGCGCACAAGGAAGAUGUGAAUGUGAUAGACAGGACAAUAACAACGAUAAUGAAGUCUUAAACGAAUCUAAGCAACUCAGUGGCUGCAGCCCACGAGACUGCGACUGGUGGUGCAGACGGCAAGGAUACCAUGGUGGCGACUGUGAACAAGGAAAUUGCAGAUGCUACAGACAGAACUUUUUAAAAGAUAACGAAAUCUUAGACGAAUUUAAGCAACUAAGCGGCUGCAAUCCACGAGACUGUGACUGGUGGUGUAGAAUUAGAGGAUACCAUGGCGGAGACUGUGAACAAGGAAGUUGCAAAUGUUACAGCCGGCACUAUGUCAACGACAGCGAAGUCUUAGACGAAUCUAAGCAGCUCAAUGAUUGCAAUCACCAAGAAUGUGACAGAUGGUGCAGACGGCAAAGAUUCGAUGGUGGCGACUGCAUACAGGGAAGAUGCCAAUGCUACAGACGGAAUUAUUCCAAAGACAACGAAAUCUUAGACGAAUCUAAGCAACUCAGCGGCUGCAAUCCUCGAGACUGUGACUGGUGGUGCAGACGGAGAGGAUACCAUGGUGGCGACUGCGAUCAAGGAAGUUGCAAAUGCUACAGACAGAACUAUGACAACGAAAACGAAGUCUUAGACGAAUCUAAGCAGCUCAAUGACUGCGAUCACCAAGAAUGUGACAGAUGGUGCAGACGGCAAAGAUUCGAUGGUGGCGAUUGCAUACAGGGAAGAUGUCAAUGCUACAGACGGAACUAUUCCAAAGAUAACGAAGUCUCAGAAGAAUCUAAACAACUCAGCGACUGCAAUAACCAACAAUGUGACAGAUGGUGCAGACGUAGAGGGUUCCAUGGCGGCGACUGCAUACAAGGAAGCUGCCAAUGCUACAGACGAAACUAUUCCAAAGAUAACGAUGUCUCAGAGGAAUUUAAGCAACUCAGCGACUGCAAUAACCAAGAAUGUGACAGAUGGUGCAGACGGAGAGGGUUCCAUGGCGGCGACUGUGUACAGGGAAGAUGCCAAUGCUACGGACGGAACUAUGUCAACGAUAACGAAGUCUCAGACGAAUUUAAGCAACUCGGUGGCUGCAAUCCACAAGAAUGUGACUGGUGGUGCAGACGUCAAGGAUUCCAUGGCGGUGACUGCGGACAGGGAAGAUGUAAAUGCUACAGACGGAACUAUAUCAACGUCAACGAUAUCUCAGACAAAUCUAAGCAACUCAGCGGCUGCAAUCCACGAGACUGUGACUGGUGGUGCAGACAGCAAGGAUUCCAUGGCGGCGACUGUACACAAGGAAGAUGCAAAUGCUAUAGACAGAAGAACAUCGAUGUCAACUCUAAAACCUCUAAGAAGGUAGGAGAAUGUGAUUCUGGUACGUGCAACAUGAUGUGCAUUCAAAUGAACAACCAAGGCGGCAUGUGUUUGGGUGACGACUGCAAAUGUUAUUAAUUAUAUUAUAAGAAGAGAUCCAUUAUGGUUAUUUGAAGAAAGUUAAUCUUAAAAUUAUAUCAAAAUAAAUAAUUUGUAUAUUCAAAA